AUUUUGGUGGACAGUGAUAGGGUAGAAAAAAGGACAUUUCCGGUGCCGUGCUCCUAUAGCUUCACUGGAUUGUAUGGAGGAAUUCAGUGGCACCACCGCUCAGCUUGAUUUUGGUCGUUCUACAAGCCUGGGGUCCAAUCCGGCGAUUCAAAUACGCAGCAAUGCGACAACCACACCUGGCUUACGUUACAAAAACCUUGGCAAGAGUGGACUGCGCGUUUCCAACGUCGGUCUCGGUACUUGGCCGAUAUUUUCUCCGGGCGUUUCCGAGGAACAGGCCGAAGCAAUCCUUCGGCUGGCGGUCGAGAGUGGAAUCAAUUUGUUUGAUCUCUCCGAGGCACAUUCUGGAACACGUGCGGAAAUAGAACUUGGAAAAAUUGUUCAGAAAGCCGGAUGGAAACGUACCACUUUUGUCAUAAUAACCAAAAUUUAUUGGAGUACCAAGUCCGAGGAGCGUGGAUUGUCGAGAAAGCAUAUAAUCGAAAGCGUUCAAGCGAGUCUCCAGAGGUUGCAGCUACCAUACAUCGACGUCAUACUGGUCCACAAGGCUGACUCAAUGUGCCCUAUGGAAGAAAUUGUCCGUGCUAUGAAUUACGUUAUUUCGCAAGGGUGGUCAAUGUAUUGGGGUACCGCCAGAUGGUCGCCAGUUGAGAUUAUGGAAGCUUACACCAAUUGCCGUCAGUUCAACUGUGUUACGCCGAUCGUGGAACAGUCGGAAUAUCAUAUGUUUUGUCGCGAAAAAGCUGAGCUUUAUCUGCCGGAGAUGUAUAACAAAAUUGGCGUAGGGUUUAUGGCCUGGGGACCUCUCUCGAUGUGCCUGGGCGAUGCACAAAACGGUGAGAAGCUCUGGAUUCCGAAAGGCUCGCUUAAGAGUAAAAGCCAAAGCUAUUCAUGGAUCGAAGACGAGGUGAACAAGGAGGUAGGUGUUCGUGCUCGGCAAUCUUACUGUGAUAUGCGAUGAUAAUACUCUACUCAUGACGAAGUUCGUCGGUUGUACGAUAAAGCGAGAGACAUUAGCAACUUGGCGGAAAAGUUGGGUUGCAAUGCGGUACAGUUGUCCAUUGCGUGGUCUCUCAAGCACGAACCACUACAAUGUUUACUUCUCGGAGCCACGUCACCCGAACAGCUGCACCAGAGUCUGCAGGCAUUGCAGCUUCUGCCCCGAUUGUCGACUGGUGUGAUGCUGGAGAUAGAACGCAUUCUUGAAAAUAAACCGGUGCGUCCACCAGCGAUAUCUACGCUUGCGCUUCGGUGACAAUCAGCCUGCCCCCCGGGGCCUCCC